UGGCCUGCAUAUCGCGCCGCGCCGCGCGUAGCAGUCUACGACUUGAUCCAGCGAGCUGCGCCACCCCUUGUGGCGCUGCACGAACGCGAGAGAAGCGCCCGCUCUUGGCAAAUUGCGUUACACCCGAAAGCACCAAAAAAACGAUGGCGGACUUCGAUGAACACGGCCAGUGCGUCGUCUGCGCCGAGAAUCUCUCGGCCGAAGAACCGGGCAAAGCGUUCCCGUGCUGCGGAGCGACGUACUGCCCGGCCUGCGCGCGGGAGACGGUCGAGAACGAGUGCUGCGCCGAGUGCUUCAAGGAGAUCGACGCGCAGGGCGACGUCGACGGCUACGUCGACGCGCUGCCCGCGCACGAUGCCGCGCCGCCGCCGCCGCCGUCGCCGACGCCGAGCGAGGCGCCGACCGAGCCGUCCGCGCCGCCGCGGCCGACGGCUCGGGAGCUCUGGCAGCAGCGCACGCGCCUCGAGACGAUCGAGCGGCGCGCGCGGCGCCUCGCCGCGCACUCGAACGUGGCGACCGUCGACCUCGCCGGCGGCGGCGCGUGCCCGGGCCCGGAGGCGGUCCGCGCCGCGUUCGACCGCGACGAGGUCCUGGCGGCCUCGGACGUCUUGUGCCUGCUCAAGAGAGCAGUCGACGUGCUGGCGGCCGAGCCGAACGUCCUCGGCCUCCAGGCGCCGCUGCUGACGAUCGGCGACAUCCACGGCCAGUACGGCGAUUUAGAAGAGCUGUGCCACGGCGACGGCGACGGCGGCGCCCUGCUGCAGGCGCGGCGCGAUUGCGGCGCGCCGGAAGCGCUCGGGGGGCCUCCCGCGAGCGGCGACGACAAAAAGGUCGGGUCGCUGCUCUUCCUGGGCGACUACGUGGACCGCGGCGCCCGGUCGUGCGAGGUCCUCUUCUACCUCCUCGCGCUGAAGGUGCGCUACCCGCGGAAGGUGCACCUGCUCCGCGGGAACCACGAGUCGCGGAACUGCACGGGCCACUUCGGCUUCCGCGACGAGUGCAACCGCAAGUACGGCCCCCACGUCUACAACCAGUGCUGCAGCGUCUUCGAGGCGAUGCCGCUCGCCGCCGUCGUGGCCACGGGGCGCGGCGACAUCUUCUGCUGCCACGGCGGGCUCGGGCCGGACCUGCGGCGCGUCGCGGACCUGAACGCCAUCAACCGCCGCGUCGAGCCCGAAGAUAAAGGCCUACUCUGCGACAUCCUCUGGUCGGACCCGCGCCGCGACGACGAAUUCGCGGCGCGCCGGACGACUCUUGCGUCCUUCGACACGAACCCGACGCGAGGAUGUUCCGUGGUCUUCGGCGAGACGGCCGUGGACCGCUUCCUGCGGAACAACGAUAUUCUCGCCAUGAUCCGGGCACACGAGUGCCAGGAGGCGGGCCUCGCGCAGGACUUCGACGACACGGUCAUGCCGUUCGAGUCGAUCGGCGAGCACGAGAUCCUGGACGGCGACGACAACGUGCGAAAAAAGCUCGCGCGCGUGACGACGGUUUUCAGCGCCGCUGACUACUGCGGCCACCAUGGAAAUUUGGGUGCUGUGCUGCUCGUGGCGUGGGACAAGGCGUGCGCGGUGGCGUACGCGGCGAGGUCCGACCCGAAGGACUUCGCGGUGCCGCCGCCGGCGUCGGACGGCGAGCUCACGGCGAUGGCGGUGCGCGACGCGCAGGCCGCGGCGCCGUGGAUGCCGACGACGAUCGCGGGCCUCCUCGCCGCGCUGCGGGACCUGCAGGCGCCGCCCGGCGCGACGCCGCGGAAGCCGCGCCGGCGCUCGUCGACGGGCGUGCGGCGCCGAUCCUUCGAGGCGGCGUCGCCCGAGGCGCGGUUUGUCUCGAGGCGCUUCGACGCCGCGCGGCGCGGCAACGCCGUCAGCGAGCUGAACCCGCGCGUCCUCGGGCGCCUCGUCGCCGAGGGCGGGCUGCUGAACGACGCGGCCGUCGCCGCCCUGGCGACGCGGGCGCCCUUCGUCGACUCCGGCGCGCUGGGUGUCGGCCGGCGAGGCAAGAAGGUCAUGGGAACGUCGCGCGUCGUCGGACGGCAGAUGGACAACGAACUCGCGGCGCUGCGGGCGGACCUGCGCGCGAACCGCGAGGGCCGGGAGAACGCGCCGCCCGCGCCGGCGACGCCGGCCAUCGCCAAGGCCAAGGCGCGCUACGCCGCCGCGGCGCGACGGGCGCCGGCGACGCCGGUGCAGCCUCGAGGCUUCUCCGAGCCCGAGCUCCACGCGCUGAAGACGAUCUUCGCGAUGUUCGACCAGGACGGCGGGGAGCGGCUCUCGCGGGCGGACCUCUUGGCCUACGCCGACGCGAUUGGUGAGUUCGCGCUGCCGCAGGACGUCGACGCCGUCUUCACGUGCCUGGCGGGCGACGCGACGACGAUCGGUCUGGAAGAGUGGGUCUUGUUUGCUGCGAAGCUCAAGACGGCGUGGGACUACAACUCCACGCCCGCCACGCCGGUCUCGCCCGUGGCGUCUAGAACUCGCAGCGCGGCCCGCGGGAGAGCGCGCGCCGCGGCGUACUAG